AAUUUAUACCUCUUUGGUUUUCUAGUCUUCACUUCCGUCAGCUAUAGCUUUGGAGAAACUGCAUCAAUGGCGUUGAGAUUGACAUCGCUAAAACGCGCCGCGGUUGAGUCCUACCGCAUUUUGGAAACCCGAAGCUUCAGCCAUGUCGCUGCGAUGCCUUCGCCCUUGAACGGAGCAUUCGAUCGACCGAUUUCUAUGCCGCCGCCGGUUUUACCUGAGUUCGAUCAGAAUCAACCGGGUUUGAUCGAUGAAAAGAGCUUCGGGUUCGGGCUUCCUAGUUUUGCUUUUAAUGGAUCCAUGGAGCUAAUGGCUGUGCCUAAGAAGAAGAUUUCUAAACACAAGAGAGGAAUAAGAAAUGGCCCAAAGGCUCUUAAGCCUGUUCCUGUGAUCAUCCGUUGCAGGAGUUGCGGGCGAGUCAAGCUGCCACAUUUCUUCUGUUGCAGCGGUGAGCGGCUAAACCCUAGUGAGUAAGGCAAUUCGAACAACUGAUCAAGGUUUCCAAUAUGAUUACUCCUUGUUGGAUAUCAAGAGGGAAAAAUCUUGGCUUUCUUAGUAGUACACUGGAGUGAUUAUAGACUUAGUUGAUGCUGUUUUGGAAAAUUAUUUUAUGCUGCAAUAUCAAUAUUCCAUGCUUCUUCUGACAAAUUAUGUUAUUGUCAUUUUGCUUGUUGCAAAGUUUAGGCUAGCUCAUUUUUAUAUAUGUGCUCUUAGAUUUGGAUUCAACAGCUAAAUCUAUUCUAAAUGGAUAACUAGAUUCACGUGAAACCAUCUAUACAAGUUUUUGAAGCUCU